AUGGAUAUGCGCACUAUCAGUCGCUCUAGCAAAUGUAAUCUCCCUUCAGAGAAAGUCUUCUCUAUCCAAGUUGGUUCUGAGAUCUUUCGUCUCUCGGGUGCUUCAAUUGGCUCCGACGCUCCAUCCUACUUUUCACGCUUCUUCGAGGAUCAGUUGCUUCAGAGUCAAGAUGCUGCCAAUGUUAGGACCCUCUAUAUCGAUCGCGAUCCCACGACGUUCCACGAGAUCGCUAGACAUCUACAGGGCUACUAUGUCCGGCCCCAGGAUGGCGCGCAAUUCGUGAAGCUAUUCGCAGAUGCACAAUUUUAUACAUUGCCCCGAUUGAUGUCCCAGCUGUUUGAGUCCGAAUGCUUUAUUCAAAUCGGCGACCGACACUUCCAGAUCCCUCGCGAUAUCUUCUCAGGUCCCGGUGAUAGCCCCAAUUUUUUUACCCUCGGAUUCGCCGCCUUCUUUGCUAGCCCGACUGCAGUGUUCCCUGGCCUGGACCGCCAAAGUCUCUUGCGACCUCCGGCCAUCGUCCCCCCAAGCGUUCCAAACCGAUCUGCGGAUGUCUUUGAUGAGCUCCUGCAUAUGUUGCGCGGGUAUCCGCUACACAUUAGAAAUGAGAAUCAUCGGGCUGCGCUCCUACGCGACUGUCGUUAUUUCCACCUGCGCGGCUUGGAACAAAAGUUGAUACCACAUCAGAUAACAACGAAUCCCUUCACCCAUCGGUUGGAAAUCGUCAUCCGGCUCGAGGAUGUGCGGCCGUCUGGGAUUCAGUUUGCCUUUGAUACAGCUUCUGGGUCGCCUGCACUAGGUGGAAUGGUCACAUACACGCGCCCCUUUGCAGACGAGAACGCCGCCGAUCUGGUGGUUGAGAUCGGCGACGAAACUAGUCUAAUCCAUCGGGGGAGCAUGCGCGCUGACUUCCUAGGCCUUUCAAAGCAGAGAAUUACCAGUCUAUUACAGACCGUAGGCAAAAAAAUGAACCUGCCUGGUUCACAUCCACCAUUAGGCCAAGUUCCAAUCAAUGUCCGUGUCGACCGUGAAACUGAUCUUACGGUGGAUGGAGAACAAGACCCUCAACUUUUGACGAUAUCGAGAGCCCAGGCCGAAGCUGGCGCUGGUGGUGUGCCUCCUGCUAAACGCCCACGAGUCGAUGAUACGGACGAUGGGCCCUGGGUUGUUCGGACAGGGCAAUGGCGAUUGCAAGUGCAGAGGGGACCUACUGAGGCAUACGAGGUUGUCUUGGUUGCUGUCAAACUGGACAUUUAUACCAGUCCGCGGGUCCGAAACCGGUCACGGAAAUUCCUUUAG